AUGGCUUCCCGCAGCGGCAGUAUCGACAUGACGGUGACGGACGGCAAGUGGACGGAGCUUGGCGGCGCCAUCGCGUCUGUCCCAUGUUGGACAUGCCGUCGCCGUCGCCUCAGGUGUGACAGUCGAAUGCCGUCCUGUGCAAAGUGCACAAAGGCGGGGAUUCAGUGCCUAGGUUACAGGCCCGAAAAGCCACUCGUGUGGGUAGGCCUCGGCCGUCGGGGCCACAAGAAGCUCUCCACGGUGAUGACGCCGGCAUCCAUGGCGGCGGCGGCGGCGGCGGCGGCGUCUUCAAAAAGAAGUGCAGAAUCUUCAGCCUCUCCAGAAGAACAUACCCGAGAAUCGACCAACAGUCCAGAUACUAAGGAAUCGCCAGUCUCGCCCGAGUCGACUUCGGAUCAUGGCGAUAUCGAAGGGCUGGAUGCUGACGCUGGCACUUUUGGUGCGGAGUCGUCGACGAGACCACAACAGUCGUCUUCGUCAUCGUCGGACGUGGUGGCUUUGAGGAAACAGUUUGCCGAGACGGCCUUGUCGACGCUCAACUUCGCCCUUCCACAAUCGACACUCCAACAUCCUGUGCUCGUUAACCGGGAUCCCCGGUCUGCUUUUUACAUAGACUAUUACCUCGAGCGCUGCUGCCCCGAGUGCACCCUCUACUUCGAGGACAGCACGAACCCGUACAAGCAGUUCAUCCAGCUGAGCAUCGGCGGCAGCCUGAUGCACCACGUCGUGGUGGCUCUGGCGGCACACCACCUUGCCGGAAGCACGACGCCACUGGGCCUUCCCAACUCUGCGUCCAAGCACUACCCAGACGCCCUUGUGCAUAAGAACAAGGCGAUGCGGCAUUUGCGUUCGGCUCUCAUGUCAGGCGACAACAGCGACGCCGUCGUCGCCGCCUGCCUCCUGCUCAUCUGGGUCGAAUUGCUGGAGAGCGGGCUCAGCGUUUGGCGUUAUCACCUCGACGGGAUGAUUGGGCUGCUGAGCGCCAGGAAGGCCAUAGACGAGGCGGCAAACGGGGGUCCAGUGCAACCAGGGAGCCAGUCGUCGACCAAGGUGUCAAGUCCAAAAAAGACUGCCUUUUGGAGCUUCCACAACUACUUUGAGGAGUGCUGCCUAGUAUUACACACGUUCGGCUCGACGCUUAGCUCCAACAAGCGCGACCUCUCACAACUCUUUGGCUUGCAAGAGCUGGACAGGAUUCUGGACCGCGCCGAGUCCCGCUCCUGGACGGGCUGCCCCUCUGAUCUGCUCAAGACCCUCUGCCGAAUCAACUCGCUCUGCUCCGCGGCGGCGCGGGGAGGCGCACCACAACCCGACUACGCCAGCGAGCUCCUCUCCCGACUCGAGACGUUUUCGAGCGCGCAGUGGGCGGCCAACUUCCGCGACCCGGCCCAGGUCCCCAACCGAAACCACCUCGCAAACGCCUACCAGGGGGCAAUCUACAUCUACGCUCGGCGGGCGCUGCGCUGGCAUCUGGGCGGGGCCGAGGACGACGACGAGCGGCUGGGGCGGACGGCGCACAUCGUGGCGGCGGAGCACCUGGACCACAUCGCGUCCGACGACGUGCACUUCAAGGGCAUCCUGUGGCCGGCCUUUGUGGCGGGCGCCGAGGCCAGGACCAACGCCGACAGGGGCAUCAUCCGCCGCAUCCUGUGCGACAUGUACGGCCUGCUGCACGUGCGGAGCGUGCGUCGGGCCAUCGAGCUGCUGGAGCAGAUGUGGGCGGCCAGGACGCCCGGUGGUGUUGGUGGGGAUGGCUGCGUCGUCGCCCUCCACGACGAGUUUGGAGUCAGCGGGGAAGACAUUGUCGUCAUCGAUGACCCAGGCGGUUGUGGGGUCGCGGGGAAGUCUUGGCUCGAGGAGAUGUAUGAAGCUCUGUUGCUGCUGUUGCUGCUGCACGCCACUGCAGCAACGGCGCUCGACAUCCUCGUCCCUCUGUACAUCUACCCGAGCACAGCCUGGAACGACAAUGCGUCCGAGUGGCAAUCGCUGCUGAGCACGAUCCGGGCCCACCGCACCGUGACCUUUGACGUCAUCGUCAACGCCGACUCGGGCCCCGGAGCCGACCUGGCCGACGUCAACUACGCCGCGGGCAUCAGCCUCCUGAACGCCCAGUCAAACGUCCGCACCCUCGCCUACGUGCACUGCGACUACGGCCGCAUCGCCACCGACGCCGUGGUUGCCAACGUCACGCGCUGGAGGUCCAUCGGCGGCGGGGCCGGCCUGGACGGCGUCUUUUUUGACGAGACACCCAACCUCCACGACUGGUCCAGCCUCUGCUCCGAGCAAGCUGGGUGCACGACGGCACAGUACAUGUCGCACCUGGCGCGGCGGACGAGGGCGGCCGGGUACGGGCGUCUCGUCUACAACGUCGGGCAGGAGGUGGCGCAGGCCAACGAGGCGGCUUACCUGCGGGACGCGGAUCAGAUCAUCGCGUUUGAGCAGUCCUGGGGGGUGUACAAGACGACGCAGCCGUUGGCCGGCGGGUUGCCGGGGUCCGGAGCAGGCGCCGUGGGCAAGAGCAACAUCAUGGUGCACCACUUUGACGGCACGCUGGGGGAGCUCGAGGCAGAGGUCAGGAGGAUCGCGGCGGAGCCGAGGGUUGGGUCGGUCUGGUUCACGACGGUCGAGUAUCAGACGUACAACACGCCGCCGGCGAGCGUCGAGAACCUGGCGAGGAUUAUCGAGACGCUGUGA